GUCGUGGGCUUACAGUAACUGCCCUUGCCCCCCCCCCCCCGACUGUAUCACCCUACCUCGCUUGUCACUCAUGUUCACCGUCGCAGACAUAGCGCUAACGCCGAAGCCAACCCGAGAUCCCAGACCCCUGGCGGUCGUAUCAAAGGGCAUAUCUCUACGCGGCCUGCGCAAGCUGCGACAGACGCUGCGUGAAUUUUUUGGCGAGCAGCGGUACGCUACCAUCUCUACAGAUGGCGUUAACACGGAAUGGGUCAAGGUGGUCACGCGCAAGUACAAGUGCCGGGUGGCGGAGGACCCGGCUCUGGUGGCACGUGAGGACGUGGGCGUGCCGCAAUACUUCAUCAGCCACGCCUGGAAGAACGGCUUCGACCUGCUGCUGCGCGGCGUGGAGUCCUACCUGGCCAGUGCGGACGAGGGCACACGCGUGUGGAUCGACAUCAUCGCCGUCAACCAGCACCCCGACUCCGGCGUCCAGGCCGCAGACGUGGGCGCAUUCAAGGAUGUGGUGCACGCCUGCUCGGGCGGCACGCUGGUGGUGUUGGACAUGGGCAACUGCAACCCCGCCACCCGGGCGUGGUGCAUCUACGAAUGGGCGCACACGCUGGGCUUCCACGGGCCCGACGGGCUGCACCUGCACGCCAGUGUCAAGGAGCGCACCGUGCUGGUCAGCAGCCUGGACGUGCGCAAGGCGGAGUGCUAUAUGCCAGCCGACAAGGAGAUGAUCCUGGCGGACGUGCGCGCUACAGCCGGCUCCGAGGCCGCCUUCAACCAGCGGCUCAAGCUGCAGCUGCUGCUACAGCCGCUGUCCUACACCGUGGACUUGCGGCAGCUGCGACGGGGCGCUACUGCCACUGCUACUGCUGCUGCUGGUGCCGGACCGACCGCGUGGGACUGGGGUCCCAUCAAGGCCUGGCUGGAUGAGGGAGACGAGCUAGGCGCCGGCCGUCAAGACGGUCGGGAUGAGGGCGACGGCGAUGAUGAUGAGGACGAGGAGGGCGAGGUGGAGGAGGGGAGCAAUGCGGCGACACUGGCGGAGAAGGAGGAGCGCCGCAAGGCGGCCGGGGCGUCGCCGUGCCUGUGCGUCCUGGGCGGGCCGGGGGAGGGCAAGUCCACCCUGGUGGCCGCGCUGCUGCAGGAUGCGCAGCUGGGGCGGCGCGUGCAUGGCUUCCACCUGUGUAAGUUCAGCGACCAGCGGCGGCGCGAGCCCAAGCGGGUGCUGGAGAGCCUGUUAUUCAGCAUGGCGAUGCGGCUGCCGGAGAUGCGCAAGGGGUUGUUGACCAUGCGGCCGGAGCACCUGGCCGCCAUCCCCGACAGCGUGACGCAGUGGGGCAGCGGCGUGGACAUGAUGCUCAUGCAGCUGUUCGCGGCAGACAGGGCAAAGCAGCUGGUGGUGCUGGUGGACGCGCUGGACGAGGCGGACGCCGCACCGGCAGCCCCGCAGCAGCAGCAGCAGCAGCAGCAUGGUGAGGACUCGAGCGCCUCUGGCGCCCCUGCGCCCAGCAGCAGCAGCAAUGACGGUACCAAUGGCGGCAGCGGUGGUGGAGGUGGAGGCGGAGGCGGCGUCAACGCCGUCUUCCAGCUGAUAACCACCAAACUGCGCUCCUACUUCAUCCGGGGGCGCAUCCGCUUCAUCGUCACCGUCCGGCCAGACGGGCUGGGCGGCAACGCGCGGGCUGCGCUGAAUUCGGCAUUUGGAGCUGGCCGCGUGGUGUAUGUGACCCCGCAGCAGCUGCAGCAGCCCGCGACUAUGGAGGCAGCAGCUCCCAGCAGCGUCGCCGCCAAGAGCAGCCACGGCGGCGGCGUGUUGCUCUUCAACCGCGUGGCGAAGGACUGUCUAGGCCUGGCGAGCGACGCCGCCGCCUCGGCAGCGCUGCUGGGAGGUGCCGCCGGCCGUGCUCCCGGCCUGUCAGACCUGUACUCCCUGUACGGCCGGGUCUUCCAGUCGGGAAUGUCGAAGCUGCCGGCACGGGAGCGGGAGGCGGUGUCGGAGCUGCUCAACGUGCUGCUGGUGGCGGCGGAGCCGCUGCCGCAGGUGGUGCUGGAGGCCAUGGGGCUGGGCGGAGCUGUGGAGAAGCUGCCCGGGUAUGGCGUGCUGUUCUAUGUGGACGAGCACCACCUGCACAUGCUGCACGCCACGCUGGCAGACUGGAUGCGAAGCAGCGGCGGCGGCGGCAGCGGUGGUGGUGAUGGUGGUGGCGGAGUUGGGGUCGCGGCGGCGGCGUCGGUGCGUGCCGGCAGCCUGCUGCCCUACGGCCUGCGCUACCUCGCCCACCACCUGGUGGCUGUAGCCAACCAGGCCGCCAGCAGCGGCAGUAGCACCAGCAGCGGUGGCGGCAGGGUCGCUGCUACAGCCGCAGCAGCCGCUGCCGCGCUUGAGGCAGAGGCUGUAGCUGGUCUGGAGGAGCUUAUGGGCAGCUACAGCUAUCUGGCGGAGGUGUGCCGGCAGGGCUUCGCGCACCGCUUCAUGUCGGACCUGCUGCAGCUGCUGCGGCCCUCGGCCCGACUGGAGGACUGCCAGCGCUGGCUGGUGACCGCGCAGCACGACCUGGUCAACGCCCGGUCAAGGCGAGACGUGCUCGCGACGGCGCUGCAGUGCCCAGCCGGCACGACGGUCUUCCAGCACGCUAAGCAGGCGACGGCCGCGACGGCGGCGGCAGCAGGUCCAGCAGUCGCCGAUGCAGGGCGGGGUCCGGCAGAAGGUGCUGCGGCGGGAAGCGGCGGACAGGCUGGCGGCGGCGGUGGCGGCCAAGCGUCGUGGGCGCUGUCGUGCACUCUGGGGCAAAUCAUGGACUGGCCUGCGGCCCGCCUGCGCCUUAAGCACGAGGACUGGAUCAUGGAUGUGGACGUGAGCCCUGACGGCCGGCUGAUUGCUUUGUCGGGCCGAGGAGAGACGCAAGCAGGUGGCAGGACAGUGCUGCUCUUCAAUGCGCUGACUGGAGCCCUGAUCAAGCCUUUGACCGAGCGUGAGGACACGUGCAAGUGGUGUGUGCGUUUCUCACCAGAUGGCGCACUCCUGGCGGCUGCUGGGUCGGACAAGACAGUGCACCUGUGGUCGGUGGCCUCCGGACAGUGCGUCGCCAAGUUUGAAGUUGACACCUCAUCACUUGCCGACUCGCACCGCGGCAAAGAGGUGCACGACCUGGACUGGCACCCCGACGGCUCAACUCUGGCGACAGCGGACGGCGCUUACAUCUACUUGUGGCAGCGGCAGCGGCAGCGGCAGGAGGAGGGGAUGGAGCAGAGGCAGGGGCAGGGGCAGCCGGGGACCAAGAAGCCAAAACGCGGGAAGCGGCGCGCCUGGGACAUCGUGCACAGCGUCAGCACUGGUUCGGACCCAAAGGCGGCACGGACGUCACUGGACUCCACUGUGUGGGCACUGCGGUACAGCCCCACGGGUCAGUACCUGGCGGCUGGCUCCGGCCCCAGGGUGCUCAUCUUCAGCUCGGCGACACUGGAGCCGGUUGCGGAGGUCAAGCUUGACAUCAGCAGCGCGGCAACACUCAGCUUCGGCAAGGGCACGGUGAUGGGCCUGUCGUACAGUCCCGACUCCUGGCUGCUCGCCAGCGCAAGAUCUGAUCGCCUGCAGGUGUGGGACGUGAGCAACCCCGCCACGCCCACGCUCGUGGCAGAGCCUCAGGUCCACCCGAGGACCGCGUUUAAAUGUGUGGGCUUCAGCCCGAACGGCUCAAUGCUGGCUGUUGGGGGCGGUACCGGCGGCGAGCACGGGAUCAUCCACCUGCUCGACACGUCCACGUGGGCUGUUCUGGCACAGAUCACGAAGGAGCACAAGUCAGGUGUGGACGGCCUGUGCUGGAGUCGCGACGGGCGCUACCUGGUGUCGUGCUCCAUCGACCGCACGGCGGUGCAAUGGGAGGUGGCGAGGCUACUGCAUUCCUCCAAGCCCCAGGGCCACACCUCGCCGCUGACCUGCUUGGCGUGGGCGCCGGACAACAAGGCCCUGGCCAGCGGCGCGUCAGACCACACGGUCCGCAUCUGGGAGUGCGGCGACGACGGCCGGUGCCUGGCGGUGCUGCCCCUGAGGCAAGGCGUGGAGAAGGAACGGGGUCCCGCAUCGGUGGUGUCCCUGGCGUGGAGCGCCGACGGCUCCACGCUGGCGGCCGCAUCUUCAUUCCUCCGCGGCACCGACUGGCGAUUGGCAACGGCCGUGGAGGUGUGGGAUGUGCCGUCCCAGAGCCGGCUCUUCCUAAUCCAGCCGACGGAGACGACUUUCUCAGUCCGCAGCAGCAGCAUCUCUUUUACCGAGCCCUGCGUGAAGAUGCUCCUGCGUUUCGUGGAGCCCAAGGGCGCCGACAGCGGCAGCAGUGGCGGCGGCGGCGGUGACGGCGGGGGCGCCGCUGGCACCCUCCAGGGCGUGUGCUACGUACUGCUGUCUCCUGAUCAGUGGCGCCUCACGGACGUGCUGUUCACGUGGGAUGCUGCCAGCGGCAAAGAGCUCUCGCGGAAGGUGCUGGUGUCGUCGCCCGACGACGGCUACCGGCUUGGCCAGGACCCGAGGAUCGGGCACUGCGACUGGAGUCCCGGCGGCGGCAACGACAUGGUCGCUGUGGGGGGCAACAAACUCGAGCUGUGGGAUGGGGAGGCAACUGCGUCGCAUGCCCACCUCCAGCUGGAUACGUGUACGGAGCUGUGGCGAGCGAGCUGGGCAUGUGACGGUACGGCCAUUGCGGCGGUACUGUCGUACGAUGAUGACAUGGACUACGGCGGCCACGCCGCCAAGGAGAUACUGCCGCCCAAGCAGAUAUGCGUGUGGGAUGCCCAGUACCUCAAAGCGUUUAAGCCGAAGAACAGCUACGACGAACCCAAGGCGAAGAUCAAGAUCGUGACUCAGGCAGAGGUCUGGGAUGCGGUGUUCAGCCCAACAGACGCGGGCACCCUGGCCAGCGUGUCCGAGGAUGGGACGCUGCGGCUAUGGGACCUGCGUCAAAGCAAGUCGGCUGGCAGUGACAGUGAUGGCGAGCACAUCGACAACGACGGCGAGAAUUGCAUUGCGUUCCGGGUGGGCACCAAGCCGCUACUGGCCUUGGCAUGGAGCCCCAACGGCCGAAUGGUCGCGUGCGGCGGCGACGAACGCACGAUUGCAGUGUUCAGUCAGGAUUAGUGCCAUGUCGUGCCGUAUCGAGUCGUGGCGCGGCGUAUGUAGGGGAUGGCUCUUUUGCGAUGUUUCGGCUCUUGACCACAGAGCAAUGAAUCGAGAGUUGCCCGCCGAUUCGGAUUGGAUAGGGAGGGGCAUAAGCUCGCGUUUCUGACGGACCGUCGCAUUGCCGAUAACGUCCUCUUGCUCCAACUUACUCCUGGCCUGUUGAAAGCCGCCAAAAAGGCCCCGGCUGUGGCGGCCUUCCUCGACUUUUACAAGGCGUAUGAUACGGUGGACCGCUCUUUUCUGCUCGCGUGUCUGGAGCGCAUGGGCGUGGGGGCGGGCUUUCUUACGUGGGUGUCCCGGCUGUUAACUGAUACACGUGGGGCGGCGUUGGUGAAUGGACGUGUGUCAGGAUGGGUGCCGUUGAUGGCGGGCGUGCGGCAGGGCUGCCCGUUGGCUCCGUUGCUCUACCUCGCUGUGGCACAAGCCCUUCUGUCAUGGCUACGCAGCCGGGGGCAUGGUGUGCUCGCUAACCUUGCGUCGGUGCUGGCGUCCCAGUAUGCGGAUGAUUGCACGCCGUUUCUGGAGGGGUUUCAGGCGGUGCCGGGGUUCCUGGCGGACAUGGAUGUGUUUCGGCGGGCGUCUGGACAACGGUUAAAUAUGACUAAAGUUGAA